AUGUCUGAGUUGGCGGCGUCUGGACCUGUGUCGCUGUCGCGAUACCGGCCGGUCCUUUACCUGCUCACCGGCGUCACAGCUGCCUAUGCUCUCUUCUACAUCCAUAGCAACUUCAUCGCUUCGAAUAGCUCGCAUACGUCCCUGCGCCGUCGGAAUGCUGUCCGGCGCCACCGACGCCAUGACUUUGACGAGGAGAUCGUGGACACUCCCUCGUUCCGAGCCAUCAGCCAUCUCGAGCAGCUCGAGCGACAAAACGGAGUAUACGGCACGUUCAGGAUAGAGACAGAAGAUGGAAGGCGCGUGGAGAGCGGGCUGUUGCCGUCGCUUCUGGCGACCCGCGACCAGUUGAUGGAGGAAGUGGGAGUGCCGCCAGCUCAUGCGGAACGGAUGAGGGAGAUGAUGGAGGAGACGUUCUUGGAAUCCUUCUUUGCUUUGGAUUUUCCACCGUCUCAUACAAUCCCUCAGGGGAGUACGGAGAGGCAUUACUUGAUGGACGAGCUGCAGCGUCGGGGAAUUUCGCGGAUGGGGAUCACGAGAGCUCUGGAACGAUAUAAUGCGGAUAGCAACUUCGGGGAUGACUUGCGACGUCGUCGACAGAAUGGAGAGAGAGUGACGCUUGCUACGUCGUCUGGAGCUGAGCUUACAGCACCGAUGCGCAACCUUGAUGGCGGGGAGACGACCAUGGACGACCAGAGUGUCUUCUCCUGGAGGGAUGGGAAUGACGAUUCUUCUCCUACGAGCGAGGGACAAAAUCUUCUCAACCUGCUAUACCACAUCGCAGAGGAUCAGGCUAGGAGGGAUGGCUAUAUUCAUAGAGGGGUGACAUGCAACAGCUGUGGUGCGAUGCCGAUUCAAGGUAUCAGGUACCGAUGCGCCAACUGUAUCGAUUACGAUCUCUGCGAAACCUGCGAGGCUAUGCAGGUGCACAUCAAAACACAUCUCUUCUACAAGGUCCGCAUCCCUGCGCCUUUCUUGGGCAACCCGCGCCAGUCUCAGCCGGUGUGGUACCCAGGAAAGCCGAUGAUGCUGCCUCGCAGUCUCCCACGGCCGCUGGCAAAACGAUUGAUCAAGGAGACGAACUUCGAGAAUACUGAGCUCGACGCAUUGUGGGAUCAGUUCCGCUGCCUGGCCAAUGUAGAGUGGUUGGAGGAUCCGAAUAAAUUGUGCAUGGCUAUUGACCGGAAGACAUUUGACCGUUGUUUCGUUCCUAACACGUCUAUCCGCCCGCCUCCUCCAAGUCUCAUCUACGACCGCAUGUUCGCUUUCUACGAUACCAACGGUGAUAAUCUUAUUGGUUUCGAAGAGUUCUUGAAGGGCCUGGCAAGCUUCAAUAACAAGAGUCAGGAUGAAAGGAUGAAGCGUAUAUUUAACGGCUACGAUAUUGACCGAGAUGGCUACGUUGAGCGCAAGGAUUUCCUUCGGAUGUUCAGAGCGUACUAUGCUCUCAGUCGCGAGCUGACUAGAGACAUGGUCGCUGGUAUGGAAGAUGAUUUCUUGGAGGGCGGUGCACGAGACGUCGUCCUCGGGAGCCAACCCAUCAGUUCUGCAUUCCCGGGUAGUAUUCCAUCGGGUGAAGCGUCAAGAACGGGAGAAGGAAAACGAACAAACCUAGAAGGGGAUAUGGAAAUCAUUGACGAUCAAGGCGUCUUGCGUCAGGACGGCACUGACACUGGCGAUCGAAAUGGCAUUAUCGGGGACGCCGCUGUCCGUGAACAGUUUGGUCGCGUUCGUCCGGUAUUCCCAUCGAUGGUGCAAACAGAAGACGAAGGUGACGAAGACGAUGAUGAGGAGGGAAGCUCGGAUGAAGAUGGAUCGAGUUCUUCCGUCAACAGUGACCAGUGGCCCCCAGCAGAGCAUAUUCUAGAGGAAGAUAUUGUGAGUGCACUGGGUGCAUUCGUCCCUAUCCAAGAAGUCACGGAUCAGGUGGACAGAGCUCGUAUCGGAAACGCAGUCUAUCAAAGAAUGCAUGAUGAAGACCAGAGGCGUGUUGAUGAGGCGCGCACCCAUGGUAUUCAUGAGCGCUGGCGGCGAAGAGCGUUCUAUACUGAUGAGGAGGACGGUGCCACACCACCGGAAGGCUAUCAGGAGUCCGACUUUGACAGUCUCAGCGACGACGACGAUGUCGAAGAGUCUCAACCGGAGUUAUCUUCACGUCUACCGUUUACUCGCUCGAGAUCAUCAUCCAAGGUACGCUUCCAAGAUGAUCUUGUCGAUGAUUAUGACAUCAGGUCAAACCCCUCGACAUCGUCGCGCAGCGUUCCUGUUGGUGAGCGCUGGGGUGGCUUCGAGAUCCCAGAAGUAGAGAAAGAUGCAGGCAAGGAGAUAUUGUAUCAGGUUACGCAGCAAGGUCUCAACGAGCUUCUGGAUUAUCUCUUCAAGGCGAAAGAGGAUCUUCUUAUGGAAGCACGUCGCACGCGAGCGGAACGAAAGAGAUGGGCACGGGAAAUUGAACUGAUUGAGCACAUGGAUCCGAAGAAACAAUUCAACCGAAAGCAAGAUCAAGCUGCCGACGAGAAUAAUGAAGGAGAAGCUCAUGAUGAGAGGUCGCUCCAACAACGUAUUGCCGAAAAGCCCUUGGAUGAAUUAUUGCAAGUAGCGGGGUAUUCGGUAACGCCAUCGUCGCCAGAACUCGAAGGCCCUCAGCCUGUUCUGGCCCCUCCGUCGUCUGAACCUGUUGGGGGUGAUGAUGAUGAUGUGCGGCCAGUGCAUCUUCGUGCGCCUUCAGACGAGGAGUUGCCUGAGCCUGCAAUCCCUCAACCGUCUCAGCCGGAUCCUACUCUGCCCCAAAAUCGCCCUGACGGAAGAGAUAUUGAACAAUCCCCCCCUCCACCAGUUACUCCGGACGCCUCCAUUGGUGGCGACUAUUUCCAGCUGGACGAUUCUCCACGCGAUCCAACACUCCCUCAGUACCGCCCGAACGAGGAGGAUGAGCAGCAGCGCCAUACUCCCUCCUCAUACUCUAGCUUGUCUUCUGCGCAGCCUCAGCAGCAGUUGCCAUUGCGACUCCGGCUGCAGCCCAAUGGCACACCUUCGUUGCCAGCACCACGAUCUCCCGCCUCAUCGUCGGCUGAAGCAGAGGCGACAGCUCCUAAGUCAAGUCCCUCUUUCAAGCAGCCUAUCCACUCCUCACAUACAUCCCCGACUAUACGGCCUCGACAGCCGCCGCUCCGCACCCCAUCUCCGCAGACUCUCGCGAGGUGGGCCCUCUUGAACCAAGUCGAGCGAGAGGCGAAAGAACGAGGCGGUAGCGGUGCCAAACUUAAUUUCGAGGAAUUCAGCCGGAAGAUGAACGCUGACCGUGGCCGAAGACUCGGGUUCGUCAGUAGCUGGAUUGAGAUGGCAAGCUUUUGA